CUGUGUGUGUGCAUGUGUGUGUAUGUUUAUAUGUUUGAGAGAGGGGGGGAAAAAAAGGGGGCAGAGAAGAGGUGCAGAGGUAGAGCAGGAGAGAGCAGACACAGGAAAACAACACAAACAACAGGAAAAAAAGAGAGAGAGAGGGAGAGACCGGCACAGCAUGAGCAAGAAUGGCUGCCGUGUUCAUGGCUACAAGCAUGGUGGGGAAAGCCAGGUCGUCCAAUUUCACCCUCUCGGAGAAGCUGGAUCUGCUGAAGCUGGUGAAGCCCCACAUUAGGAUUCUGGAGGAGCACACCAACAAGCAUGCCGUGAUCGUGGACAAAAACAAGUGCUGGGACAGCAUCGCCGACCAGUACAACGCGCUGGGGGGGGACCGCCCCCCCCGGACGGCACAGGGCCUUCGCACCUUGUACAAGAGGCUGAAGGAGAGUGCCAAACAGGAAAUGGUCCAGAGGAAGCAUGCCCAGCCCGAGUACCGGGGCAGCAUCUCUGAGCCCACCAAGAGGGUCAUGGAGAUGAUCCCUCACCUCUUCCACCCCCUGCAAGAGAAGGAGCACAGCGCCAUGCACAGGGUGUUCUACAAGCACGAUUCGCCCAUCGAGCAGCCCGGGAGCAGCUCCUCCCUCCCACCCCUGUCGGACUACCAGCCGGCCGCCGUGGCGGUGCAGCUGGACCACGACGUGGACGUCAAGCCCCCGCCCGACCUCACCAUCCUGUCCACUCGGAUCGAGGGCGACCGCGAGGACGAGGACAUCGGCUCCGUCCAGGGCUUCGACGGCUCUAUCUCGCCCUGCCCGUCCUCGGUGAACCUGGCCAUGUCGCCCUCGCCCGUGCCGCUGCGGCGGGACCUGUACGCCCGGCCCGAGGGCCUGCGGCACCUGGCGGGCCUGGAGCAGGAGACCCUGCAGCUUUCCAAGGAGGAGCACGAGCUGCUGAUGGACAACCAGAGGAAGAUGGGGCUGUACAUCGAGGAGAAGCGCGAGGGGCUCAAGAGGAAGCAGCAGCUGGAGGAGGAGCUGCUCAGGGCCAAGAUCAAGGUGGAGAAGCUGAAGGCCGCGCGCCUCAGGCACGGGCUCCCCAUCCCGCACAUGUGACCUCCCCGGGAGGGGGGCCUCGCCCUCCGGCCUACGGGCGUCUGACUCCCGGCACCAGGAGUGCUCCGGAUUUGCCUGCGACGCCAAGCGGAGACCCCUUCUUUCCUCUGCAGAGCUGCGGCUGAGCUGGACCUGGCCAAAUCACUGUUUCAUUGCAGCUCUCGCAACAGGAGGUGAUUCUCUCUGAUGCCAGAAUGAACACCAGUGGCUCCCCCCCCGAUUGCAACGACUGUGUGCCCCUCUUUUACUGAUCGAUCCUUUUCUGAAAAACCUAAGUUUUCCCCCACAAAAAGUCUAAACUCCAGGUUCUAAACUCUGGCUUCCUCUGGUUGUUUGCCGUGCUCUUUUCUCCCUUCAGUGUCU